AUGGAUUCCUUGCAAAAUCAUACUGCUAUUCCUAACCCAACUGUCUUCCCUCUAGAUAUUCUUUCCGGCUUCCAUUACACCUUCUUAAUCCGGAACCCUCGACAGAGUAUCCCCAGUCUCUACCAAUGCUCUAUCCCACCGAAGUCCCACAUCACCGGGUGGAACGGGUUCAAAGCGACCGAUGCGGGCUACGCGGAGCUACGUAUUCUGUUUGACUAUCUUGUGCAGGUUCAGAUCAUUGGUCCCGGAACCGGGAACGAUAUCUGCAUUGUUGAUGCCGAUGAUCUCUUGGCGGAUCCCGAGGGGAUCGUUGAAGAGUACUGCUGUUCUGUUGGGAUCCCUUACGACCCUCGGUCCUUGCACUGGGGAGCAGAAAAAGAUCAACAGCGAGCUCGUGAUAUCUUCCAGAACUGGAUCCCGUUCCAUGAUGCAGCACUGAAGAGUACUUCACUCAAUCCCCAGCCUCCGCGAGUUACAACCCUUGAAGAUGACAUUGCCGAAUGGACCGAGAAGUUUGGGGCCGAGGCCGCCAUGCUCAUCCACCAGAAUGUCGAGGACAAUAUGGAAGACUACCUGUACCUGAAACAAUUCGCCAUCAAAACCUGA